UACACCUUGUGUGGUUGGGUGUGGAAAGCAGGAAAAGGGAGGGGGGGUUUUCCAAGUCGAGUGAAAUUCCCAUUCCAUGGCUAUUACCAUGCCUGUGUGGUUGGCAGGUUUUAGAGGUUAGGUAGUCAGCAAAUAGCUACAGAAUACAAUAGAGUUCCCCCUCCCCUCCCUGCCUCCUUCUACUCUGCCUCUUCCUUUCUCCCUCUCUUUCUUCUCUCUCUCUCUCUCUGGCUUUUCUGCGUCCAAACAAACACCUUCUUCCCAGGCUGAAGUUCCUUAGGCUGGUCUCCCUAGGAGCAGCAGCUACAACAAUCCCGCAGUUCAAAGUUAAGCAGCCAAUUGCACAACUCCCAGCCGCUCUCUCAGCCGGCUGCUAAUGAGCUGAAAGCCAGGAACAUCUGAGGAGGUGAAGAGGAAGCCUCCCGCCGCCGGCCGGCCUCCUCUCACCGGAGGGACCCAGGCACCCCUCCCCAGGCCCAGAUCACUUGGAGAUAAGGACUGUGUUACUUGCUUGCCUCCCUGGACAGACCAUGGCUCCCUUUGGAAGAAACUUGCUAAAGACGCGACAUAAGAACAGAUCUCCAACUAAAGACAUGGAUCCCGAAGAGAAGGAAAUCGUGGUUUGGGUUUGCCAGGAGGAAAAGAUUGUCUGUGGAUUAACCAAACGCACCACCUCCACCGACGUCAUCCAGGCUUUGCUGGAGGAACAUGAGGCUACGUUUGGAGAGAAGCGAUUUCUGCUGGGCAAGGCCAGCGACUACUGCAUCGUGGAGAAGUGGAGGGGCUCGGAGCGGGCCCUUCCUCCGCUGACGAGGAUCCUGAAGCUGUGGAAGGCGUGGGGAGAUGAGCAGGCCAAUAUGCAGUUUGUUUUGGUUAAAACAGACGCCUUUCUGCCAGUUCCACUGUGGAGAACGGCCGAAACCAAACUAGUGCAGAAUAGUGAAAAACCCUGGGAGCUCAGUCCUGCGAAUUACAUGAAAACUUUGCCACCGGAUAAACAAAAACGAAUCGUCCGGAAAACCUUCCGGAAACUGGCUAAAAUUAAGCAGGACACGGUUUCUCAUGAUCGGGACAAUAUGGAGACUUUGGUUCAUCUAAUUAUUUCUCAGGACCACACUAUUCACCAGCAAGUCCAAAGAAUGAAAGAGUUAGAUAUGGAAAUUGAAAAAUGUGAAGCUAAGAUCCACUUGGACCGGGUAGGGAACGAUGGGGACAAUUAUGUUCACGCGGCGUAUUCAAUGCCCAGGCUCAAUGAAAAUGAGCAAAAGCUCGACUUCCAACCCGAGGACAGUCAGGCUCUGGUGGACCUGAAUGAGAGUGAGGGAAUGGCACAGUUGGAAGAACGGUUGCAAUACUAUAGAGUGCUCAUCGAAAAGCUCUCGGCUGAAAUUGAGAGAGAGGUGACGAGCUCGGGCAUCGACGGAGGUGAGGAUCCAGAGGGAGCAGCUGCAGGUGAAGUAGAAAGCCCGGAUUUAGAAAACGUGAAGUGCGAUCUGGAGAAAAGUAUGAAAGCCGGUUUGAAAAUCCACUCUCACUUGAGUGGCAUCCAGAAAGAGAUUAAACACAGUGACUCAUUGCUUCAGAUGAAAGCGAGAGAGUACGAACUCCUGGCCAAGGAGUUCAGUUCGCUGCACAUUGGCAACAAAGAUGGAUGCCAGUUAAAAGAAACCAGAGGGAAGGAAUCCGAGGCUCCCGGCAGCUGCGCGGAGAUCCCUCCAUUAACUCAAAGGGUGUUCAACACAUACACAAAUGACACAGAUUCAGACACUGGCAUCAGCUCCAACCACAGCCAGGACUCUGAAACAACGUUGGGCGAUGUGCUCCUAUUGUCAACUUAACGCAGAGGCCUUCUUUCUGACCAUUAGUGACGUUUCGUGUGAUGUAACAAGUAACUCUGUUCCAUGUAUAACUCUGUGAAAACAUAAACUGUGCUAAAAUAUUCAGUAGUUAAUAAUAAUAAUAAUAAAAAACUAGUGAACAUCAUUGUUUGUUUUCAUAGAGCGUUUCCAAUUUGACUUUCUUACAGGUUCAAGCAAUGAACUGUGUAUCAGGAAUGCAGCAGAUCUAGCUGGUGGUUACAUAAUGCAGAAACAAUGUAAUGGGGAUUGAUUAAUGAUUCCCCCACGUGAGACCUGCCUGAGUGACACGAACUUAAAAACAGUUCCCAACUUUGUUCAUCAAACAAUCCAUACUGCAAGCAUCAAGAAGUAGCAUGAACAUGUUUGUCAUUUUUGACAACAUUGUAUCAUGAGAAUGUUUAAAUCUGAUAGUACAGAUCCAUCCCUACAUGUUAUGUGUCCAAUAUGGAUCAGUUCAAAUCUUGUGUUUUCAGUAGUCAGACUGUAAAAUGCACUGUGUGUGUGUGUGUGUGUGUGUGUGUGUGUGUGUGUGUGUCUUCUUCGCUGCUGUCUGCUUAAGUCCAAGGGACAGGAAGCUGUUGGGACAUGUAUAAUUCCUGACAGUCAAUCGGUUUGGGCACAGAUGAGACAAAGUCAAUUGCUACAAUCAGCUUUUUUUUUUCCUUCUUCCCCAAGCAGGUCUAUGAUGAUCACCAGCUACACAUAAGCUUUUACUAUCUGUUCAUUAGAUUUUCUAUCCACCAGUGCUGUGUGCAGGUUCAUUAUUUGGGGAUGAAUAGGGUAGGCUACAGAAGAUCCCAGCCAUAAUUUUAUUUAUGCCCUCUUAACUGUGUACGUUGAAGUGGAAUUUACUGUUGUUUGUGUGGAUACAGCAGUGUUUUGUUUUCUGGGAACAUACAGAGUAGAACUGAAUGUUUAUUCUCGUAUACUACAAUCCAGCCAUCAGGGGACUUCCCGAGUGCUUAAAGCAGCUCAGUACUUUUAAGAUGUCCCAAGCACACUAACGGAAAUUCAAGAAAAGAAUGGAUCAUCUGGAUUCUGUCUUCACUCACAUGAAAAAUAGUGUUUUCCUUGAUUUUAAAAUAGACUUUUCCUCUCUCUCCUGCCCAUCUGCUAGCUUAUUUUCUCUUCGCAUCUCUCUUCUCUUUCUCCUUUUUUGCAGUAAAGGCAGGAAGCCAUCAGAGUCAAAGUAAAUAAUUUUAUUGCUUUGUUGUGAACGGAAUGUUGGUGUUCCUUAAUUUUCUUUCGUUAGCACAUUUCACUCAUGUCAGGAUACAUAAAGCAGAAAUGUUUGCUCUAUUUAUAGUAUGUAGACAUUAGCUAUUAUUCCUGGAAUGUUUGCCUUUUAUACAAAUGAUGCAAAUUUUAACCGUUCUCUCUUUUUAAGUUUGAAAGUUUUAUAGAUUUUUUUCAGCUUUGUUGCAGAUUCAAUGUCUUUAAUUUGCUCCUAAAAUAUCCCAUUCCUUGUCCUUUACUUGCUUCAUGUAUCUUUUGGAAGAUACUUGCAUUUCAAUAGUGUCUCACAUCUGGGAAGCACCUAUGUUACCAUUAAAAAAAAAGAUAUUUUCAGGCCAUACAAUAGGAAUUUCUAUUCCAUGAAAAUACUGGGAUAAAUAGUAAGUCAUCAUGUUCACAUAAAUUAUAUUUCCAAAGGAAGAUUAGAAUAGUCAUUUGUAAAAGGGAAGUUCGAAGUUCAUGUGGCUAACAGGCCAUCAGAUCACUAAAGCACAUGCUAAAUUGUUGACGUAUUGAUUGUUACUAAUAAAGAUUGAAUUCAGAAGAUUAUCACAAAUGAUAAGCCAUUUGGUACUUUGUUUUCCUAAAAUGAAAGUUAUCUCUUUGGGUUAUGUGUUUAGAAAGAAAAUACGUGUUGCACAUCUCUGUAUGCAAUUUGAUAGCAUUAUCUAAAAUCAAAUACAGGUAUGAUAAUAAUCACAGUUUCACUAUAGGAACUUUGAAAUAACUACUGGUUUCACAGUUACUUACAAUGAUGGUGUAUAAGGUGCAAUUCUGCAUUUUACUCUUAAGAAUGUUUAAAACUUCUGUUAGAAUCCCGACUUUUCAAACUCAUUGUAGAAUUUGCAUUUUCCUUAAUAUUUAAAAUAUAUUUGUUUCCUUGGUCAUUAUAUUAAGUCACAUAGCAAUUAUUUUCCAUGGUGAAAUUCUAAUAGAGUUAAAUAUGAACAUAUUUAUACAGAUAGAAAUAAUGAUCUCAUGAUACUGUGCUAUUUAUUGUUUAAUUGAUGGUUAAGCUUAUAAAUACAGGACUUGAAAGUUUAAUGCUUUAAUUAUCUUGAGAAACUUAGUGAAUUACAAACCCUUAAGUAGCCUGGCAGAUUAACCAUGAAAUGGCCAUAUGCAGCUAGAAGAGGCAAGCCACAGUUGACGAUGCUUGUUUUUCCCAGGACUAGGUUCUCAGAGCAUGCCUUGUGCAUUUCCCGCCCCCACAUCUGGUGGCCUCUUUCAUUCUCCUCUUCCUAUAAUCCGGACUGCUACUGACUUUCUUUUCUUUCAUUUUCUCCUCUUUUUUCUUUUUGUUUGUUUUGUUUUUCAAG